AUGAAUCCAAAAAGUCCUGAAGCAAGGAAGCGGGAAGAAAAUCCAUUCGAUGGAUUAAAAAUAAGUGACUCCGAUGUUUUGCUUAGUUUAAAAAGUCGGAAUCCAUGUCCACGUUGUAAUAAAUCGCGGAUGUAUUUUUGUUACACUUGUUACGUGCCGGUUUCCACUCUAGAGGGUAGGAUUCCAUUUUGUAAUCUACCUAUCAAAGUUGAUAUAAUAAAACACAAGCGUGAAAUUGAUGGAAAGAGCACAUCUGCACAUGCAGCAGUGUUAGCCCCUAAAGAUGUAAACAUUUUUACAUACCCCAAUAUCCCACAAUAUGAUGAAGAAGAAAGAGUGGUUCUCCUUUAUCCUGGGACUGAUGCUUGCACAGUACCCGAGUUGUUUACUGGCAGACGUGAAAAGCAGUCAUAUUCAGACCACCUGUUAGCUGAGUUGCCCCAUGGCUAUAAUGUUGGUACAUUAAUGAAGAAAAUAUUUAAUAACAAUCAAGUACAUAGAAUUUGCCACAGUGAGAAUUUACCUAUUGAUAGACUUGUUUUAAUUGACAGUACUUGGAAUCAAAGCAAAGGAAUAUUUGCUGAUAGCAGAUUACAAUGCAUACCAAAAGUUGUUUUACAGAAUAGAGUUUCACACUUUUGGCGCCAUCAAAAAGGUAGUCCACGUUGGUAUCUAUCAACAAUUGAAGCUUUGCAUCAAUUUUUGUUAGAACUACACAUUUGUGCGUGGGGUUGCGAUGAGAAAUAUGUAUCUGUACUAACACAGGAGUAUUCAAUACAUGAAGAACAAAACCACUUGCAGUGUAAGCCAUAUAAUGGUCAAUAUGAUGAGUUAUUAUAUUUUUUUAAAUUCAUGUAUGAAAAACUACACAGACUGUAUGACCACGAAAAUUUACUGGCUUACAAAAGACCAAUGGAAGUAAAAUGA